AUGAAUGCCUUCGAAAUGGCUGCCAUGGACCGCUGGUCCAUGGAGAAUGCACCUCCGACCCCCCAAGUUACCGAUGAGGUUUGUGCCGCCCCCGAGACCAUUAGCUCCCCCCACUACGGGGCCAGCCGUCGGGCUGCGUCCCCCCGGUUUGCCGACCUCAGGACUCCGGUGAUUCCCCCUGGUUACCAGCAGAUUCCAGGGUACGAAACCCACCGUCAGCGGCAGGAGGCUCGUGCACUCAUGGGCUCGAUUGCGGAGCGCCGGGGUAGACCUACCCCCGCUCCAAUCUUGAUCCGUGAUGAUGCGCCUAGUCUUCUGUCGCACGGACGACGGUCCCUGGGUGCCGCUUGUGCUGUUGCCUUUGCCGGAGCCAGAGCUCAGCAGCUAGCCAAUGAGCGAACUUGGACUAUGUCUGGGAAUGGUUGUGUUAAGUUCUGCUCCCCGGAUUUGACCACCGGGUACGAGCUCGCCCCUGUCCCACACCACCCGACGCAGGUCCCAAGCCAAUUCACGCCUGGUCGAUCACCAUCGUAUACAGCUCGACCAGCCUGCAGACACUCUGAAGGUGUGACGGCAUCGGUCCGAACAGCUGCGCCGAAUGCAACCACCAGUCUGAAGCGCGAGCAAUCGGCCGCCGGCCCAAGCAAAUCAAUCACCAGCCUAAAUGAAGCACCCUCUAGGCUGAGCGAAUUGACUACCGGCGUGAAGGAAUCGACCUCUGGUCUGAACAACUCGACCACCGGCGCGAACAAACCGCCCUCCAGUCUAAUCGAGCUUGAGCCGGCGGAAAUCCCGUGGACCUCGAGCAAGACAUUCCAACGUUGCAAGCCUUCUGCCGACUCACAUGCCUAG